AUGCGGGCAUUAAUGCUUUGUACUUCCCUACACGCUCGAAGCUUUUGUCGGGGGGCCGAGGAUAACACAAUAGCGGUGGCUCGAACACGGGACUGGACUGUGCUCUCAACAAUAAAAGCUCCGAUACCGAAAGCUCAUGGACGUCCAAGCGGGGAUACUGCACCUUUUGGAGGGACUCCUGCCGGUGUUAAUGAUUUUGCAAUCCACCCAAGUAUGAAGCUCAUGGUGAGCGUGGGAAAAGGAGAAAAGUGUAUGCGCUUAUGGAACCUGGUGACCGGCAAAAAGGCGGGCGUCCUGAACUUCGGAAGAGAACUUUUGCAAGGCGUUGGAGAGGGUAAAUGGGCAAGGGGGGAAGGCAGAAGGGUGGAGUGGAACACCCUUGGCGAAGAAUUCGUAGUGGCAUUUGAAAGAGGUUGUGCUGUGUUCGGCAUGGACUCGAAGCCAAAAUGUCGAAUAUUGCCUUUGCCACUUACCAAGAUCCAUCAAGUACACUACAUGACCUUAUCUGGGACCGAUGGCGGAACCAAAGACCUUCUGGCUGUCUCAACAGAAGAUGGUCGCAUAUUGUUCUAUGAUACCACAGACGUCGUCGGAACACAGAUCACCAAGUCCGCCUCGAAACUCGAGACACCCAUCUCUGACCCCAUCUGCCAAUUAGGAGGCGCUGCAGAUGAAAUAACUGGCCGUGUGAAAGAUUUUGAAAUCUUGAAACCACUAGGUUCAGAAGACUUCAUCAUCGUUACUGGUAGUAGCGAUGGUGCUGUACGCCUUUGGACGGUUGACGAGUCAGAGCUCGUAGACGAGGCAUCAAAAUCGAGAGUAGUGAAUGAUGAAGUAAGCAUCUCGGCCGAUGGCGAUGAUAGUAAAGCGAACGGGAACACAACGAAACUGCCCACCACAAGGCAAAUCGGAUUGCUCUUAGGCACAUACGAAGCGGGGAACAGGAUCACCUGUUUGAAGGCCUUUGUCAUGUCAGAACUAGAAAGCUACAAGACCAACGGUUCGGAUAACGGCAUCGAUGGCAAACGUGGUAACGAACUGAACUCUGGGGAUGAGAACAGUACGAGUAGCUGA